AUGAACGACAGACUUGAGGACACCAAGAGUGGAACCGGGGGGCUGCUGCGGGAGGAGGAGACCGGUGGCAGCGAGUCAUCGGACUCGCCGCUGGACAGCGUCUCCUUGACCUCGCUGGAGUCCAGCGUGUUCUGCAGCGAGGGCGAGGGGGAGCCCCUGGCGCUCGGGGACAGCUUCACGGUCAACGUGGGCGGCAGCCGCUUUGUGCUCUCGCAGCAGGCGCUGUCCUGCUUCCCGCACACGCGCCUGGGCAAGCUGGCCGUGGUGGUGGCCUCGUACCGGCGCCCCGGCGCCCUGGCCGCCGUGCCCAGCCCGCUGGAGUUCUGCGACGACGCCAACCCCGUGGACAACGAGUACUUCUUCGACCGCAGCUCGCAAGCUUUCCGCUACGUGCUGCACUACUACCGCACGGGCCGCCUGCACGUCAUGGAGCAGCUGUGCGCGCUCUCCUUCCUGCAGGAGAUCCAGUACUGGGGCAUCGACGAGCUCAGCAUCGACGCCUGCUGCAGGGACAGAUACUUCAGAAGAAAAGAGCUGAGUGAGACCUUAGACUUUAAGAAGGACGCAGAAGACCAGGAAAGUCAGCCUGCGAGUGAACAAGACUUCUCACAGGGCCACUGUCACGCCGUCCGCCAGAAGCUCUGGGACGUCCUGGAGAAGCCUGGGUCUUCCACGGCUGCCCGCAUCUUCGGGGUCAUCUCCAUCAUCUUCGUGGUGGUGUCCAUCGUCAACAUGGCCCUGAUGUCGGCCGAGCUGAGCUGGCUGGACCUGCAGCUGCUGGAAAUCCUGGAGUACUUUUGCAUUAGCUGGUUCACGGGGGAGUUUGUCCUACGCUUCCUGUGUGUGCGGGACAGGUGCCUCUUUCUCAGAAAGGUGCCCAACAUCAUAGACCUGCUGGCCAUCUUGCCCUUCUACAUCACUCUUCUGGUAGAGAGCUUGAGUGGGAGUGAGACCACACAGGAUCUGGAAAACGUGGGGCGCAUCGUCCAGGUUUUGAGGCUGCUCAGGGCUCUGCGCAUGCUAAAGCUGGGCAGACAUUCCACAGGAUUACGCUCACUUGGAAUGACGAUCACCCAGUGUUAUGAAGAAGUCGGCCUACUGCUCCUAUUUCUGUCUGUGGGCAUUUCUAUAUUCUCCACUGUGGAAUAUUUUGCUGAGCAAAGCAUUCCGGACACAACCUUCACAAGUGUCCCUUGUGCGUGGUGGUGGGCCACAACGUCCAUGACCACGGUGGGCUACGGGGACAUUAGACCAGACACCACCACAGGCAAAAUCAUCGCCUUCAUGUGUAUAUUAUCGGGAAUCCUUGCCUUGGCUUUGCCUAUCGCUAUCAUUAACGACCGCUUCUCCGCUUGCUAUUUUACCUUAAAGCUCAAGGAGGCAGCUGUUCGGCAGCGCGAAGCUCUGAAGAAGCUUACCAAGAAUAUAGCCACUGACUCCUACAUCAGCGUGAACUUGAGAGAUGUCUAUGCCCGGAGCAUCAUGGAGAUGCUUCGACUGAAAGGCAGGGAAAGAGCAAGUACUAGGAGCAGUGGAGGGGACGAUUUCUGGUUUUGAAGUAACUUUCAGUUUAUUUACAAAAGCUUGUGUGAAAGUAACUCGACCUAUAAAGCCUUGAUAUGGUUGUCCGUGUACUGCUGAGAAGUCUCUUUUGAGCACUCCCUGUGUUCCUUUUUGCUGAUACAUUGCCUAGUGCACUAGAAUAGUUCAUGUCCCCCCCAAACUACUGCCCAAGAUUUUGAUACACUUGAGUCUCAAAAAUAGGCAUUCAACACAACCCAAUACAACUAGCCUAAUAGACACGUCAGAUAUAAAAUAUUGCAAUACAUACAACAGUUAAAAGUUUUAUGUAUCACUAAUUUUAAAAGUUUUUUUUGCACCAUUAAUUAAAAAAAGAAAUAGCCUUAAACUGCAUAGCCCAGAGAAAAGAUAAGUGAACAUUUAAGAACACACUGAACAACUUUGUUACUUAAAGAUACUCCCCAAGUAAAUGACUCACUCCUUUCUUCAUCUGUCGAAGUUGUUGAAUAUAAUGACUACUUUUACAAGGGAAAAUUCCUGACUCGUUGGUCAUUUCCUCCUUCUGGUGCAAACUCUGGUCACAAAUGGACUGAGCCCUGUAUUCCAGCAUUAUUAUCGGGUGGGAAUCCCCAAAACUGCUCAGGCUACAGUGGAAGAAGGCUGCACAAAGGCUUCGAGGAUUACACAUCUGCCCCCUCCCUCUGAGGGCCACGUGUGGAGUUUGAAGCAGAUAUCUCUUAGUACUCCAUGGAAGUUCGAUGGUCUUUAAACACCUCUGUAUUGAUGUAGUGUUCAAGUUAAGUCUUUAAAAUCAUGAACAUGUAAAGAUGAAGUAGUGAUCAUCUUAAAUGUAUGCACUGAAAUUAUUUUAUGAAAUGAGAAUUAUAUGUUGAAUGAUAUCACUGGAUGAACUUGAAGAUCUUUUAUUUGUUAAAAAAUAUUAUGGGUAACUUUCUGAGUGUCGGGGGAAAUAACAAAUGUUCAAACUUUGCCCGCAUUUUGACAGCAUUUGGACAUUCAUGAUAAUAAAAUUCCAAGACAUUCUGUUAUAUAAUUAAAGCCAAAAGUUCUUAAUAAUUAAUGUUUCCCAAUAUUCUAGUAAAUGAGAUUUUUAAAACUAA